GGCUUGUUUGUUGGAGCUGACUUUUAGUUUGAGUCCGUCCCCCUAACCUGGAUGAUCAUCACCAAGUACAGGCUGUAGUCUUAGGAUUCUGCUCCAGGGUCUGCGUCUGGGUGUGUUGAGCCCCACGUGGUGGUCCUGUCUAAAGUUAGACGAUAGUGCAGUGGUAUUGAAGAGUGGACGGAGGGAGACGCCUUAGGGAACAGAGGAGAAUGCCGAGAGCUUUCCUGGUCAAGAAGAAGCAGGCAGCCUGCGGGGGCUGGAGAUGGAGAGACCCAGAGCAGGCAGAGUGGAGAGAAGAUCCCUCAGAAGUUAGCGACAGCGCUCCGGAAGAGACGUUGAGCGCGCCAGAUGUCUCCGAGCUGGCCGCUCCCUCUGAGAGCUCUGACUUUGGCUCAGAGGAAGCAGCGGGAUCUGCGACAUCACCGGCGCCCGUCCCAACACCGCCCGCGUUGGGAGUGAGGGAACAGGACCCAGAGACCAGUCGAGACUGGCCUGCCAUGCUGCCCCCGAGGCAACUCUACCACCCUAAUGCGUUGGCACUGGCCAGCCGGGCCAAGCCCCGCCCCCGUGUGGCACCCAGCGCUGGGGACUUCCUGUGCUCCGUGUGCCACAAGCUGUUCCCUCUGCAGCGCAUGCUGACGCGCCACAUGAAGUGCCACAGCCUGGUGAAGAGGCACCCGUGUCGAUACUGCGGCAAGGGCUUCAACGACACGUUUGACCUCAAGAGGCACAUGCGCACUCACACAGGUAUCCGACCCUACAGGUGUGAGCUCUGUGAAAAGGCUUUCACGCAACGCUGCUCUCUGGAGUCCCACAAGAGGAAGAUCCACGGGGUUCAUCAGCAGUACGCCUACCGCCAGCGACGCUCCAAGAUCUUUGUGUGUGAGGACUGCGGCUUCACCUCCAACCGGCCCGACGAGUACUUUGUCCACGUGCGGCAGUGCCACCCGGGCAGCCCGGCUCUGCGGCGCUACUACCGGCGGCAGGCCCACGAGAACGCCAACUUUGGCGUGGCCGAGUGUAAACUCAACCCCUAUCUGGUCUACUCAAACUCUGGCUACUUUAUCUGAGAGGCGGACUAUGGGAAAGUUACCGUAUGUUUGGCUUGAAGCUGUAACGGUGUGGUAAUAUAAACAUGUAAUUUGUGUAAUAUAUUAGACUAGCAUAUUUUAGGAAAAUAAACUUUUUCUACUAAACUACUUUUUCAACUUCUCUUUAAAUAAUGCAUUGGUCAAAUAGUUAAAAUAGUGAUUAUUAAUUGUAAAUUGGUCAUAUCAUCAUUUUAUCAACAUGUACUUUGAUUGUAUUGGUUUAUUUAAUUGAAUUGAGACCAUGUCCUUUAGUCUAAAUUAUUAAAAAGAUAUUGUCAAAAGAAAGGACAGAGCGAUAUUGCUUUUCUGAUCUCUAGGUAAGAAUUUCGUGGGCUCACUUACAUGGAAUAAUAAUAAAGUUACAUCCUGAUUGAUGAAGAAAUGUCAUCUUGUGACAUUCUAGUAUAUUAUGUUUUAUCAUAGAAAUGCUAGUCUAAUGCUACAAACUGUGGCAUUUUCUUUACAGCCAAGUCUUUAUUUAUAUUUACUGAAUUAAUGGACCGCUUUAUGAUGGUUGGGAAACCCUGCUCAUGUGAAGUGAAUAAUGGGAGCAAAAAUAACACACAUUAAA